AUGGAGUUUCAUGCUAUCAUUCUCUGUGGAGACGGCAAGGCGUUGAGUCCUUUUUCAGCGACUAGAUCUACCGGGCUGCCCAAAGCUCUUUUGCCCAUCGCUAACAAACCCAUGCUCAGCUACGUCUUGGACUGGUGUGAGAAGGCCUUUUUCCCUCGUGUCACCGUAGUAGUAGGAACUGAUGCAGAAAGCGACAUUCAGAAUGCUGUAGACCAGUAUAAGGCCGACAAAGUGAAGGAAAACCAGGAUAAGGACGCUUCUGACGAUGGGACUGGCCAUUCUACAGCUAUUGAAGUGUAUGGCUUUGAUGCUGAGAACAGUGGACAAAUCAUAUACCAGCUUUACAAAUCGAAUGCCUGGAAACCGUACCAGAACUUUGUUAUAUUGCCCUGUGAUCUUGUAACAAACUUGCCUCCACAAGUUUUGAUAGAAGCCUACAGAAGCAAGGAUGAGUCAGACUUGGGCUUGAUUGUACACUAUAGAAACCAGUUGGAUAUCGAAGACAAGAAGUCCAAGAUUUUCGACAAGAACUACACCAUUUACGGUGAUGUAAGUGAUGGUGGACGUAAGUUCCUCGAUAUCUACUCCAAAGAAGAUAUCGACUUCCACAAGGCAUUAAAGAUCAGAACACAAAUGUGCUGGAGAUACCCCCAGGCUACAAUCAGUACCAAGUUGUUGAACAGUUGUGUCUUCUUCGGUUCAGAACAAAUAUUCAAGGUUUUUGAAGAUAAUCCUGACAAGUUCAGCGAGUCGUAUUUCAAGAACAGAUCAGUAACUAAAGUUGUCCGUGACUUGGCUAGAAGAUCCUGGAGACAUUCAGAGAAUAAAGAGAGCAUUGCAUUUUUGGUCGUUCCACACCAGGCCACCUUCUUCAGAAGUUGUAACUUGCCGGUGUUAAUGGAAGCAAACCGUCACUUCAUGAAGAUCCAAGCUACGGAAAAGGGUCAAACCGGCUUUGCUGGUCCAAAGGAUAAGACAGCUGCUAAUGUAGGUAUAGACUCGUUGAUUGGCGACAAUACUCUUUUGGGAGAAAGGACAAACGUCAAGAAGACAGUUGUUGGCUCCAGAUGCAACAUCGGAAAAAGGGUCAAGUUGACGGGCUGCCUUGUCAUGAAUAACGUCACAAUCGAGGACGAUGUUCAGUUGGAAAACUGCAUUAUUGGUAACAAUGUUCUUAUUCAUAGCAAGUGUAAGUUGACCAACUGUAACGUAGAGUCUACCAACGAAGUUGCUCGAGGUACCCAAGCCAAGGGUGACACAUUGUUGCGUUUCUCGUUGGAGGGUGACGAAUCGGCUAUUGGAAGCUCUCUGGACGAGGAUGAUUCUGAAGACGACUCCGAGUCUGACUUCAGCGACUACGAAGAUGAAUACGCCAAUAAUGAUGACGGAUUGUUUGGAUACUAA